CUUCUGCCGCGGCCUCAGUUGAAGCUGUAACACAACCUCGGUUCGCCGCGGUUUAAGUUGCGACUGACCAAGUUCUCUUUCCUUCUGGAGCUCGAGCGUGUACGUAGUGUCUGUACUGCACUGUCGAGUGUGUAGCUUCACAACAGUGAAAGAAAGCGUCUCUCCAAGAUGUCCCAGCCUGCCAGAGAUGCAGUGGACUCUCCAACAAAACCUCGCCCCUUGAGUGAUUCCACCCUCUAUGAGCACUCUCAGUCGUAUGUGAGAUCAGUGCUGCUCACUAACUGGCCUCGGGAGUGUGCCUAUGUGGUGAACGAGAUCCUCACUACAGAGAGGGAUUACCUCACUUCACUCAGGGACAUUAUAGAGGGUUAUAAGAAUCCCCUAUCUGGGAGGCUACGAAUGACGAAUGAAGGUCAGAAGAUUGUGCAAACAAUAUUCAGUAAUGUGGAGGACCUUUACUCUCUGCACAAGUGGUUGUUAGAUCAGCUGAACAGUACCGAAGGAGACCCUCACCAGUUUGGCAAGAUCUUCUCUGACAAUGAGACGAGGUUCCAGUUGUACAGUACAUACUGCACUAACUACGAUACAUCUCUGGAAACUCUCAGUGAGCUGCUAAAACAGCACCGAGACAUGGAAGAGUUUCUCCUCUCGUGUCAGAAGAAGCUCGGGCAUCCACUGCCACUGACCUCAUACCUCAUCAAGCCAGUGCAGAGAAUCAUGCGGUACCAUCUCUUGUUACGUGAGCUGGUGAAGAAGUUUGACCCUAACCUCUCUGCACACCGUAGUCUCUCCCAGGCCCACAACGCCAUGGUACGCAUUGCCAACCACGUCAAUGAGGUCAAGAAGCAGCGAGAGAAUGCCCUCAGGGCUCAGGACAUUCAGAGCUGCCUCACUGGUUGGAGCGAUAAUCUGAGUGCUUACGGACGGCUCAUUCGUGAGAGCACUUGCAAGGUGGGCAAGAGAGGGGUGGAGCGUCAGGUGAUCCUGUUUGAGAAACUGCUGCUCAUUCUUAAGAAAAAGGAUCUCAAGAGAUACAACUACAAGGGGCACAUUUUGACGCAGGAGCUAUGCAUUGGCAAGGACUCGACCAGUAAGCCUACCUCCUCCUUCAAAGUAUUCUCUAGAGGCCACCCCAGUCAAACCUUUGUCGUUGAGACAGCCAAUACAAAGUUGCAAGCUGAGUGGGUGAGCGAGAUCACAAUGCUGCUCAAAUCCUUCACCAUAAUAAAGAGACAAAAAGACGCUGAGUUUGAGAAGUUAGUGAAACAAAGUUCUCGUAGUGUUAAAAGGCGACCAAUGACCAUCCAUGAGGAGCCCCGCUAUCGCUAUGGCAGCAGUCAUAGCAAACGGCUGAUUGGUCCCCGCAAGAGACCUCGUCCAGAUAUCAGAGACAUGUUCCGUGAAGAGGAAGAAAGCGUGCAGCUGAUGAGUGUCACCAAGCUUUCUGAGAGUCCACCUGUUGCCCCCUACCCCCCAGUGGUGGGGAAGAGCACACAGAACCCUGAGGAGGCUAGCCUCAAGUACGUCAGAGUAUCAGACCAAUCGGAUGUAGAGAAUGAUCCGAACCUGUUAAACAUGUUUCCACCACCAAGGGGGAUGAAGUCAUCCAAGAGCAGUGAUAGUUUGUUGUCGCUAGGUGAUGUGGAGCUGGGUGUGGACUGUGUGACUGGUGAGGGUGUGCCUAGUGUGGAGGGUAUAGACGAAGUGGAUUGUCCUCCUCUAUCAGACGCAGGGGAGAGACCAACUCCAAAGCGUACACUCACACGGAAGGCAGCAAUAAAAGUGAAGAAGAGUUGUGUUACUCCGAGCAGUUCCUACUCAAGCAUCAUUCAAGCACGGGCCGAUGAGACUAGAAGAGCCACUAGUACUGGCGUCAGCAUGGAGGAUGAGCUGGAAGGGGACCACCAGUCUGGUGAUGAGGAAAGUAACUUAUCCAGACUGCUGAGCACUCCCCAAACCUCCAUCGACCUGCAUAGUUCGGCCCACGAGACUAGCCAGCCCAUGGAGUACGACUCUGUCUACCAGAGUGUUGAGCUAGAUGCAUCAGGAGGUCCCCCUCCACUCAGUCCCAACACUACUGGCACAUUCCAAAUAGAAAUAGAAGACCUCUCCCCAACGGAUAAUGUACCUUCUGAAAGUGGGCAUGUCUACGACAGUGGACUGGGAGAAUUGGAAGACUCCACCACUCCAGGGGUGGGGCUUGAUGACCAAGAGGAGGCUGUUAGUCAAGGAGAUAAGCAGUGGAGUGAUGGAGAGGAGCACUUUGUGAUCGAGGAGGACAGCAGUGACUCAGAGGAUGAGGAGGAUGAAGACUCUUUCGAGGAGUUGCCCUCAGAGCUGGUUGCCAUGGAUACAGAUUCCCCACCACACGGCCAAAUCUCUGAUGAUGGAGAGCUAUCAACUGAGCAGGGCACAAACGAAGAUCACCUGAAUCAGUCACUGUCAAGCGGAGAACUGUCACAGUUUUUUCAUACUUUGAGGAAAGGGGAUUCCCCUAGUCCACAGGACCAGUCACAUGACCUGAGUUCCACCACAGUUGCAGAUCCCAUGGAGAGUGUAGAGACACCUGAUGUGUACCAGUUCAAUGGUCGACCAACAGAGUUAUCUGAGAUCUACACGACAUUACCUCGCAAACAACGUUCCAAAGUUGGCCUUUCACCCAGGAGUCAGAUUGAUUCUCGCUCCUCCAACUCCCACGUCUCACAGAGUACACAUACCCUGUCACGCUCGGCUUCUCGAAGGGCUGACGGAUUCUCUCGGUUGCUUGAGUUCACUCGGCAACAACGUACGCCCGAGAUGUCACCAAUCAGGCAAAUGAGUGCACCUGGGAGUUAUGAGGUUACGCAAUCACUUCCUGUGGCUAGCUUUGCUGCUAAAAGUCUGGACGAUAUUUUGGAAAGUGAGCCAAUCAUUGGUGAUGAUGGUGACCCCAGUGAACCUCGUGACGAUACGAAAAUGGUUAGUUUUGAAGACCAUCAAUCUGUUACUACAAACAAAACAUUAUCUGAGAAAGAACUCCCUCUUGAUUCCAGAGAAAUGUUCACUUCUCUGCCUACUGAUUCGGAUAUUACACCUUCACAAAUCACACCUAUAGUCGUGGUCACAUCGGAACCUGAAGCUCCUCCUAUUAAUGAUGAUGAUGAGCAAGCUGAACCAGUACUACCAAUCGGACAGGAAAAUAUUUCUGUUCCACCAGAAGAUCAUGCACCUGGUGACACUGACGACAAAACAGGAACUAUUAAUAUUGAGCCUCAGUCUACUGAUUCGGAUAUCACACCUUUACAAGCCACGCCUAUAGUUUUAGUCACACCGAAACCUAAAAUAUUAGAAGCUCCUCCUAUUAAUGAUGAUGAUGAUGAGCAGAUCGAACCAAUACCACCAAUCGGACAGGCAGAUGAUUCCGGUCCAUCAGAAGAUCAUGCACCUGGUGACAGUGACGACAAAACAGAAACUAUUAAUAUUGAGCCUCAGUCUACUGAUUCGGAUAUCGCGUCUAUAGUCGUAGUCACACCGGAACUUGAAACACUGGAAGCUCCUCCAAUUAAUGAUGAGCAGGUCGAACCAAUACCAACAGGACAGGCAGAUGUUUCCGCUCCAUCAGAAGAUCAUGCACCUGGUGACAGUGACGACAAAACAGAAACUAUUGAUAUUGAGCCUCAGUCUACUGAUUCGGAUAUCGCGCCUAUAGUCGUAGUCACACCGGAACUUGAAGUAUUGGAAGCUCCUCCAAUUAAUGAUGAGCAGGUCGAACCAAUACCAACAGGACAGGCAGAUGUUUCCGCUCCAUCAGAAGAUCAUGCACCUGGUGACAGUGACGACAAAACAGAAACUAUUAAUAUUGAGCCUCAGUCUACUGAUUCGGAUAUCGCGUCUAUAGUCGUAGUCACACCGGAACUUGAAACACUGGAAGCUCCUCCAAUUAAUGAUGAGCCGGUCGAACCAAUACCAACAGGACAGGCAGAUGUUUCCGCUCCAUCAGAAGAUCAUGCACCUGCUGGUGACAGUGACAACAAAACAGAAACUAUUAAUAAUGAGCCUCAAUCUACUGAUUUGGAUGUGCAGGACCGAGCAAUAGAGAGCACUCAAGAAACGCACAAAACAAUGACUGAGCUGAGCACAGAAGAUGAAAUAAAGGCUGAUGUCCCACAGGUUGAUAAACGUGAAGAGAGCAAAGAAGACGGCGUCACAUUAUAUCCUGAAGAUAAUGUGAGCAGUGAUGAGCUGAAGCAAGAUUUGGUAGAAAUGGACAUUCAAGAUGUUAAGCUGAAGGCUCAAGAAUCAACUGAAUCGGCUACAAAGAUUGGAACCACGAAUGAACUUUCCGAGACAACCCUCCCACGUACAGAACUGCGAAAGCGACCCAUAAGCACACCUUCUGGCCACCAACCAUCGAGUAUCUCUGAAAUAUCAUUAACCUCACAACCAGAUGAAACAUCCAAAACUAAUCCUGAAUUGCCAAUAGUCACACUAUCGACAGCACACAUUGGAGUACUAGGGAGGCUACAAAGGUCGGUCAGUGGAUGGUUGCCUAGGCUGAGUGUACGCAGUGGACUGUUAGUACUGAGUGUAAUUGCAGUGUCAUCCAUUGUUGUAUGUGCUGGCAUCUAUUAUGGUAGCUUGGUAGCUUAGGGCACACAAGAAAUCGUCUUAGUAGAGAUUUUGCUUAGUACAUGAAUUUAGUUUUGGUUUGCUAAGUUUGCAAUGUAUAAUUAUGUUUUUGACAUUACAUGUGUUUGCUCUAUGUAAUGUAUACAAUUUCCCACCCCACUAUAA